AAUUGGUCGGUGAUUGAACCACGCAAAUUUCAAAGCCUAAAAGAAGAUUUUUCACUACUGCAAGCCUUGACUAGAUUUAAACAGCUGUUUUAAAGAUGCAAGAAGCACAUGAGGGAAAUAACAUUGAAGGAGUUUCGACUUCUGUAGAAUUAGAAAUUGUUGAUAGUAAUAAUAAUAAUAAUGGAGAGCAACAACAUGAUGUAGAGGUGGUGGCGAGGAAUGAAGAACAAUCGACGCAGCAUCAACAACAACAACAACAGUUUAAUGUAAUGAUAGAAGAAGAAUCUCCUCAAGCUUCGAAUAAGCCAAUCACAUAUUACGAAUCUUCACCAACAGCCAUUGAUAAUAAUUCUUCAAUAACAACAACAACAACAAAUAAGAAAAAGGUUAAAUUACCUCCUCCAAUGAUAACCAAAAGCAUUCAAACUAAGCAAUGGCAAGUUGACUUCUCCAAGUUUCCCAUAAUCGAAACUGACAAGGCAACUAAACUUAAAAAGCGAGUUUCCAAAUUUUACGAAAAGCAAAACGAACUGGUUGAAGGUUUUGCUGAUUUAUAUACGAAUACCAUUACGAAAGAUUUUCUGGUAGACGGAGAAGACGGAUAUUUAGAAUUGAACGACGAGCUUAAGGAAGAAAAUCCAAUUGACUCUUCAGCAAAGGACGAUAGAUAUGCAAACUUUUGCAUUCAAGCAAGUUUUUGGGUGAAUAUCUUGUUAUUGUUUUUAAAGGUUUCAGCUAGUUUCUUAUCAAUUUCACUAUCAGUUAUUACUUCAACUGUAGAUUCGAUUCUUGACAUUGUUUCUGGGCUAAUCCUUGUGUAUACGAAUCAUUUGAGAAAAAAGAAGGGAGAUUCUCACAAAUAUCCAGUUGGUAAGGAUAGAUUAGAACCACUGAGUUUCAUUAUUUUUGCAACAUGCAUGGCAACUGCAAGUCUUCAAAUUAUUAAGGAAGGUGUUGUGACAAUUAUUCAAGGAUUAGUGACAGGAGAUCCAUAUUUACCUGCAAAUAAUGAAAACUUGAUCAGUUGGAGUUCUCAACCAGAAACUCUUUCAGGUGAAAUGGAAUGGAUGCUUGGAAUCAAAGUUCCUGCCACCUUCAAGUUAUUUGCCUAUUCCUACAGUUUGGCUGUCAUGUUGGUUGCUGUCGUUUUGAAAACCAUCUUGUAUUUCUUGUGUAUUAGAGCUAAAUCUGCUUCAUGUGAAGCCUAUGCCUUCGAUCACAGAAAUGAUGUGCUCAGUAACUCAUUCCUAGUUGCCUCCCUUUUCAUUUCAAUGUGGGCUUGGUGGGUUGAUCCAUUCAGUGCAACAGUUCUCUCCUGUUAUAUUAUCUAUGGAUGGGUAGGUGAAUCAAUGGAACAUGUGACCAAGCUUGUUGGUUUAUCAGCUGAAAGUGAUCUCAUUCAGAAAUUGACAUUUAUUGCUUACAACCAUUGUGAAAAAAUUGUUAAAGUUGAUUUGGUCACUGCUUGGUAUAGUGGAAUGAAUAUUAUUGCUGAAAUUCAUGUUGUCUUGCCACCUGACAUGUCACUUAAGGAAGCACACAAUAUUGGAGCCAAGUUACAGACAAAGAUUGAAUCUGUUCCAGAAGUGGAAAGAUGUUUCGUCCAUUUGGAUUUCAACGACACUCACAAGAAUGAAAGAUCAUUAAUUGGAAAAGAUGUAUAACAAUUUUAUUAUUAUAAAUAUUACAAAAUACCAUUUAUU